GUCGUGUGUCCAGCCGUGUGGAUUUGUGUUCAGCUGUCUACUUCCAGGCUUCCUGCGGCCCCCUCCAACUCUCACCCUUCCUCUUUUUUCUGCUUUUGCUUUGUCUUGUCAACCUUGAGAAGCGUUUGUCUGAGUCCCCCCGGCAGAGGUGGGGACACCGCUGGCCGCAGUGUGAGCCUGUUUUUGCGCGCCGCAUUUAAAGGGACUGGGGCAGGAAGGCAGGUUUGACAGACCAGUCCGGUUUGGCGUGUUGGCGUACGUGCAGUUAGCUGCUGUCUGUUUGGCUGCCUGGAGCACGUGCUUCCCUCACUCAGGGCUGUUGUGGCAUGCGCGCGUGGGUAUGAGCGUGUCCCAGCUGCGUCGUUGUCCUGUUUUGACACAGUUGGGGGUGGGGGUCAGCUGCGUCUGUUAUCUGUGGCCGUAUUCCGGUUCUACUGCUCCUGCAUGGCUGUGGACGCGUGUGUGAACAAGCGACUGCAUUGCUGUGCCGGUUUUACGGACUGUUUCAGGAAAGAGGAAGCAAACCGUGAUUUUAAAGCCCCCUGGCCCCAAAGCUGCCUCCACCCCUUGGCCAGCGUGAAUAGGGUCAGACGGGGAAGGGGCUCCCCUAGCACUGAUGUCCAGGCUGAUCGGGGACAUGGGCUUCCCUGGGAGAACAGAUAGCACACACAAGAAGUGGACUCAGACCAAGUAGUCCAUCCAACAGUGAUACAUCUGAAAAGGUCAUUUUCUGUGACUCAGGGGCUGAGAGGGGAAGACUCUGUGUACAGUUAGUUAUUUAACCAAUAAUUAGUGACAGAGUGUGGCUCUUUGCCUUACGGGCUGUUAUCUGUGAUCAGGCUUACAAAAGGUCACUGGGUUUCAGCAGUUGUUUGUAAAAGCUGCCUUUAUACACCUGUAUGUGGUUUGUGUUUGACUUUGGUUUCCUGAGAGCCAAAACUGAACAUGCCAUAUAUUAUACCGAGGGCCACUCAGGUUGGGUCACAUGCAUGCUGAUAGAUGUUGUUUUUUUGUUAAUAAAUGCAAGAACUCAUGGUCCAGCAGUCAGGAAUGUUGAGACUAAAUUAGUAAAUUCUGAGUGCACCUUGGGGGUCACUGCUGGUAGUUGCUGGGUUAAUAAUUGGUUAAAAAGAAAGAUAUACAACUUCUUUUUUCAUUGUUGGCUUACAGACAGUCAUGUAUGUAUCUGAUACUUUUGCAAAGGUAUAGGAACCAGCCGUUAUGUCAUGCCCAGGUCAUGGAAUUGUGGUUAAUCUGAAAGAAGCUCUCCGGAUAGAUGUUGGUGCGUUUUAAUUGGUACACAGCUGAGGCUGCUAUCCAGAGACUUUUGAUCUUGAUCUUGCCUGUCGGUUACCUACAAAGCAGGAUGAUUUGCAUGAAGUGCUGAGUCCCGCGUCUCCCGGGGGGGCACCUCCCCUUUCAAGCUGGUCACAUGUUCUAUCGCCAUUCAUCCUCAUCCAAACAUGCCCAUUCCUCCGAGUCUAAUGGUGAAUUCCAUUUUCAGCCCAAAUACUUUGGUCCGGUGGCUUUCUGUUAUUCCACAUGGCAUACAGGAAGUGUCAUAAAUGGGUGCAUUUAGGAAUGCAUCACGCAAGCCGGUGGUUAAUGCAAUCAGGUGGUUGAGUAACAGUUCAGUUUUCAACAUUUUACAUACCUGCAAACCAACUGCUCUCAUUUAUGGGGUAAAUUCUGACAAUAUACACUAACUGAUUGGUUGGUUAACCAUCCAGAGGAGGCUCCUCAGUGACUGAUGUAGAAACAGAAACAUUGUCAAAAUUACAUUUACACUGAAUAUGAGGAAGAACAAUUGAAAGAUAUUCUUUUAUGGUAUGAGCAGCGUCAGUUCACUGUAGAGUGUGUCAGUUAGGCUCUCACAUGUGGACGGGUUUCUAAACAGUAUUUGCUUCUUCUUUCCCCGACUUAGUACAGUCUGGAAUGAAAUGGUCUUCAGAUCAGCUGCCUUUCAUAUCAUAAACGAAGAAUGUGUCCUGUGUGCAGGAGCCCCAGUGUUUGCUCUCACUGUCAUAGAGCCCUUCCGCCUGUUUCACGAAAGCAAAUGCACCUCGUCGAAUUUCACACAGUGUCAAAUACAAUAACGGGAAGAGCUUUCGAAUUCCGGCUUGCAAACUGUGCUACUCCUCUGAUGUGUGCCGAGACAGCCAGACCAGCACACUUCCCUCUUCCAUCGGGUUUCUAGCUCGGACCCAUUUAUAAAUGGGUGUUUGGUUAGUUCUGCUUUGUGUAGUGAAGUAUCGCAGCAAACACGGCUCCAUGGCUCAUAGUGGAGCAAACUUGAGUUCUUCUUUUUGUACACAUGUUCCUCUCUGUGAACAACACUCCCAUGGCUGAUGCAAUUGAACAAUUUAGUGAGCAUGGAAGUGCCUUAUGGGACAGACUGUUUCAGGGUUGGCUUCAGUGGAUGGCCCCAGAAGAAGAGGCCAGAUGGAAGCUGGGUCACAUGACCACCUGCAAGAAGGCUUGUUGAGCCUGGGGCUAACAAAUGGGGAAAGCAGGCGCUGUGUGGAAGAGGAGGCAGGCGGGCUAGGUGCUGGAGCAGCUGGAGAGGGGCAGAAGAGGGCAGCGUGUGAGCUACUGGGGCAAAUCUGGGGCCCUGGGCAAGACAAGACUGAUCAUUUCCAGCAGGAGCAGCUGCAGAUGCCCUGCUGGGGCGACGGGGAGGUACGUGGGGCUGCAGAAGAAAGAGAUAUGGAGAAUGCCAGGAGCCUGGUGGCCCUCGCAGCCAGCAUGGGCACAUCGUCUCCCUGCAGCCACCCCGAGCAGCAGGUCCACACAGCUCAGCUGUAUGAGAAGUUCAAGCAGGAGAUGGGAGGCCAGGCAGUGGAGACCCAGCCGUCUGGGAUGGCAGCAGGAAGGGACCGGGGUCCCCCCGAGGACUUGAGCACUCUGCAAAUAGCACUGAGCCAGGCACGCCACGGCAACAAGCCGCCAAACUGCAACUGCGAAGGACCUGACUGUCCGGACUACAUGGAGUGGCUGGAGAAGAAGAUCCAGAUGGUGGUGGAUGACCAGGAGAAAAAGCAGUAUGGGGCAUCCGGUGUGCUCCACCAGAGCCAGCAGGAGCAAGCAGCCCACCUCGCCCUUCAGCUAAACAGAGCCACACCCCCUGUCACCUCCUCUACCCCUUCCCACACCUCUCUCAACUCCCCCAUGCCCUGCUCCCUGGCUCCCAUCCCUUGCUCACCCAGUGUUCUUUCCAUUGCCAAGGAAAAAAACAUCAGCCUGCAGACAGCCAUUGCCAUUGAGGCCCUGACCCAGCUGUCGGCCACCGUCCCUCAGCCCAUGGUGCCCCCUGCGGAUGCUUCAUCCACAAACCACCAUCAAGUUCCACAUCACCUUCCACCCCACUCACAGCACAGUACCCACCUGGUCCUGUCCUCCACGUCACCCAGGCCGCAAUCCGUCCCGCCUGGAAUUCACCCACAGCUGGACUCAUUCUCCUGGGAGCACAGGAGGCAGGUUCAGACUGAGGACCCCAAAACCAACAUGCUCGUGACCUCAAUGCCCGGCCCAGCGCUCCACUCCUCCCCUCACCCACAUGCUGUGUCGCCCUUCCCCGGACCCACCUCCACGCCAGGCGGCCCCCUUCCGCCGCAGUGGCAGACGGGCCCUAGGAAGCCCCACAUGACACUGAUUGCUGAGUCCCAGCCUCGCUUCACACCUCCUCCCCGCAAUGGUGGAGAUCCCAUGUCAGAGUUGAAGCAACUGCUGGGAGACACCAGUGGCAAGUACGCAAACCCCGCAUUCAGGUCCCCUGCCCCCCAGCACCUCUUACAUCAUGGCCCCCCAGGCCUGGGGGGGCUCCAGAUCAAGCAGGAGAUGGACUCCGGAGAGUACCCAGGCUCUAACUGUGCUGCAAUGGAGAGGUACGGGGCUGUGGCAAAUGGCCGGCCACUGUCCCCUGGGAGCGCGACUGUGCGCCACUUGACUCAGGCAUCCCUGCAGCAGUACCUGCACCACAAGCGGAACCUUUUCUCUAGCACCUCUGCCGCUACCCACCACCCACCCUUCCCAGGCUGCCAGGACCUGCGCAAGUGGUGGCCAAAUGAGGGCUCUGUACCCAUCAAGCAGGAGCCCAAGGAGCCUAAGAAGAAGAAGAGCUACUCGUCUCCGUCCCUCAAGCAGCCGCUGGCGGCCGGCCUCCUGCCUCAGCUGGGUCCGACCCUACCCAAACCGAAGCAGAUAGUAAUCAAGAAGCCCAAACAGAAGGCCUCGCAGCCUACCUUCUUGCCACAGGCCCAGAUCUCCUUUCAGAAACCACCACCGAGCCGUCACGAGAAUAUUCUUCCCCUUCCGGCCAUGGCCAACCUUGUCCCAGCAUUGUUAGCCACAGAACCGGGGCCCCUUCCAGCUCAGACCCCAGCCCACCCUCAGGAAUCUGUUCUGAACAGCGCCCUGGCUGAACCAGCUCACCAGGGUGAUGCUGAAAGCGGUCCUACCCUGCUAGCCUCCUCCGCAGCCUCACUGCCGCAGGGUGACCAGGCUGUCUCAGGACCUCCAGUGUCAGGAGACAGCAAUUUGAUCCCUGGCACCACAAGCCUGCCCUCCACACCCCAGCCAGCCCCCUCACUCAGUCAGCUUGGUGCCCUAAACCCAAAAUUGGAGGAGCUGAUACGCCAGUUUGAGGCUGAGUUUGAAGACGCCCCUUUGCCCGGUACCCAGAGCCAGACCCCAGAACCGAACCCAGCUCAGCCAAAUUCUAACUCAGGACAAGCCGUCCCCCCUGCACCUGCUUCGUCUGAUCUCCCAGCACAGCCCGCAGUCCCUGCUGGUGGUCCCCUGGCCGCCACAGGUGUCCCCCUACCAGAAGGUGAGACAAUGGACAUAGGGGGCAUAGAGGAAAAUGGGAGCGCAGUCCAAGCAGAACCCCCCCAGACAUCAGCGGGCAAUGGGAUGGAGCAGCAAUGCAAUGGAGAUGCCUCACAGGGGGUGUGCCCCUCAUCCCAGGCACCGGCCUCAGCCCCUGACCCCCUUCUGCAACUGCAGCAGCAGCAGCAUCGUGUCCUGGAAGAUCCCUUCACCGUUCCCUUCUCUCCGCUGCCAAAGCGCAUGAAGAUCGAGUCAUCAGGGGACAUCACGGUGCUAUCAACCACCACCUGCCUCUCUACCGCAUCAAAUGACACCGAAACACCCACAAAGCUCAUCCCCCCUUCUUCUCCCUCACUGCGUGGCUUCCUGGAGUCUCCCCUGCGCUACCUAGACACACCCACUAAGAGCCUGCUGGACACCCCCGCUAAGGAUGCUCAGGCCGAAUUCCCUCUCUGCGAUUGUGUAGAGCAGUUCCAUGAGAAGGAUGACGGCCCAUAUUACAACCACUUGGGCGCGGGGCCCACAGUGGCCUCCAUUAGAGAACUCAUGGAAAACAGGUUUGGAGAGAAGGGUGAGGCCAUACGCAUUGAAAAGGUGGUCUACACAGGCAAGGAGGGAAAGAGUUCUCAGGGAUGCCCCAUUGCUAAGUGGGUGAUCCGGCGCAGUUGUGAGGCUGAGAAGGUCCUGUGCCUGGUGAAGCAGCGGGUGGGACACCACUGUGAGAACGCCGUCAUCAUCGUGGUCAUCCUGAUCUGGGAGGGCGUGCCGCGCGCCCUCGGGGACCACCUGUACCGAGAGGUCACCGAAACGCUCACCAAGUUCGGCAACCCUACGAGCCGCCGCUGUGGCCUCAAUGAAGACCGCACCUGCGCAUGCCAGGGGAAGGACCUCGAAACCUGUGGUGCCUCCUUCUCCUUCGGGUGCUCCUGGAGCAUGUAUUUCAAUGGGUGCAAGUAUGCCCGAAGCAAGACGCCACGCAAGUUCAGGCUUCAAGGAGACCACCCCAAAGAGGAGGAAAAUCUCAGGGACAACUUCCAGGAACUAGCUACCAAGGUGGCUCCCCUGUACAAGCAGAUGGCCCCAAAAGCAUACAGCAACCAAUGUGCGCUGGAGAAAACCGCUCCAGACUGCCGGCUUGGCCUCAAGGAGGGGCGUCCAUUCUCUGGGGUCACGGCCUGCAUGGACUUCUGUGCCCAUGCACACAAGGACCAGCACAACCUGUACAACGGCUGCACUGUGGUCUGCACGCUCACCAAGGAGGACAACCGAAUGGUUGGUCAGAUCCCAGACGACGAGCAGCUGCAUGUGCUCCCUCUCUACAAAGUGUCCCCCACCGACGAGUUCGGCAGCGAGGAAAAUCAGCGGAAAAAGAUGCAGAAUGGUGCCAUCCAGGUGCUCAACAACUUCCGGCGUGAGGUGCGCAAGCUUCCCGAGCCUGCCAAGUCCUGUCGGCAGCGACGGCUGGAGGCCAAGAAGGCUGCCUCUGAGAAGAAGAAAGGGCAGAAGCAGCUGGGGGAGACACCAGAGAAGACCAUCAAGAUGGAGAUGCACCACUCUGGGCCUGCCAGACCACAGCAAGCAAACAAAGCAAUCCCCAAACAGGAGGUGAAACCCACCAUUAAGACAGAAGCAAUGGGCCAGUUCAAUGGAGUCUUAGAGGGCUACCCUUCCCUAGGAAACCGCCAGCCAGCUAAAGCAUACAGCAUAAACAAUGUCUACCCCCAUCCUGGUUACUAUGCAAGUGGCCACGCUUCCAAUGGGCCUCGUCCUCCUCCCCCUUCCCCUGGUGCCGUCAAUGGCUUUCACUCCAACCCCGCGCUGCACUAUGGUUACUACGGCUACACCUCCAACGCUCUCUUCCCCCACCAGCUGCUUGCCUACGAGGGUCGCAAUGGAGCUUGGCCUAAGGCAGCCGCGGUAGCUGCCUCAUUUGACAAGAAGCCGGAUGUGCAGAGCCUCCAGGCCAGCCUGGGCCACUCCUACCCUGACCACCCGGAGGAGCAGCCAAGCGACGCGGCCCGGUGUGGCUACCCGGCAGAGUUUGCCAAGUCCUUGCCCCUGCCAGCCAGACCCCUGUCGGCACCAUCAGAAGUCCGCAACAGAUCGACACCCAUCAUCAAGCAGGAGCCUGCUGACAUACCCUUGUACCCAGACUGCGCGGCAAAGGGGUCAUCCCGAAGCUGCAGUGUCAACUUCACUUCCAGCCCGCAGCCCGAGGCCUGGCCAGGGCACAAACCCAAUGGCAGCCUGACCCCAGGGGCAUCUCUGGAAACCUUUGCCCCCCCUGAGAAACAGCAGGUCCAUCAGCACCCAGCCACCCACCAUCAGCAGCCCCAGCAGCACCAACAGCAAUGGGCCCCCUAUCCCAGCGCUGCCACCCCCCUGGCCUCGCCGGCCCCCUCCUUGUCACCCUCAAUCAGGGCAACUCCAUCACCCUCAUCCCACCACUGGGACGGUCAGCAGGUCAGGUCCUGGAGCGCAGGGUUGGCAGGGUAUGGCUUGGGCCCAAAGCAGAGCGGCACCACAGGAGCCUUCCCUGAGAAGCUUUGGAGUAAGGUGGGCGAAAGCCGGAGCUCCACCCCUCUGGGGCUUCAGGAGAAGGCCUGGAAGUCAUGUGGGGGCUCGGCUGCUGGGAGCACGCCAUCGCUGGCACCCGAAGGCCGGCUCUUCCCUGAUGCCUUCCAGCAAGCGGACACACAAGCUUUCUGCGAGCCCGCCGGACCUGAGUGCGUGGCCAAGAGCCAGAGUGAGCGUGAGCAGGAGGAGGAAGAGGUGUGGUCAGACAGUGAGCACAACUUCCUGGACCCGAACAUCGGUGGUGUGGCCGUGGCACCAGCCCACGGCUCCAUCCUGAUUGAAUGUGCCCGGCGGGAGCUGCACGCCACCACGCCCCUGAAGAAACCCGAUCGCAGCCACCCAACCCGCAUCUCGCUCGUCUUCUACCAGCACAAGAACCUGAACCAGCCCUGCCACGGCCUAGCACUAUGGGAGGCCAAGAUGAAGCUGCUUGCGGAGAGGGCGCUGCAGCGACAACAGGAGGCAGCAUUGCUUGGCCUCUCACAGAACGACAUCAAGGCCUAUGGCAAGAAGCGCAAGUGGGGCGCGGCAGGGGCUGGGGUCAGCCCCGGGCCGACGCAGGGCAAGGACAGACGAGAAGGGGUGAGCAUACGCCAGGCGUCAACGCAGCAAACCGCCUCCGUUGUGACAGUGUCACCAUACGCCUUCACGCAGCUCACCGGGCCCUACAGCCACUGGGCGUGAGGGGGGGGGGCAGGCAAAGGGAGAGUCGGUCCCCCAGCCCUAGCUUGUGGUCCCCACUCUCUACACCAGGGGAUCACUCCUUCAUCCUUGAAAUACUUUCCCUUAAUUUUUGGUUUUUACCUCAAAUUUGGCAGCAGAUCAGGACUCUGCCUGACGGACCUCCUGCCUGCGGUGCUCUUUCCUCUCUCCGGCGUGAGAGAUGGGUGACAAGUUUCUGCUCCUUAAUACAAUAAUGAUCCUAAUUAUUAUUAUGGCUAAUAUUAUCAAUAUUAUUAUGAUUGUUAUUGUUACUGUCAAUGUUGUUAUUACUGGUAUUAUUAUUAUAUUAUGAGGAUAAUGAUUUGUUUAAUAUUAAUAUUAUUGUUUUCUUUACUGUUUAUCCAUUCAAUAUUCUGUGGGAAUGCUGGGAUCCCUCGUUGCUCAUUUUCUUCCUCAUUAAUCUGGAAACAAGCAAGAUGCAGAUCUUUAUUUUUGUUUCCCCCCAUGCCAUUUUUGGUUUUCGGUUGGAAUUCUCGCACGAAGACAAAGCCGCGGACGGCGGCGCCAACAUCUUUAAGCUUUAACGGUGACAGAGAAUGAUGUCGGACAUGCAACAAAACCAUUGGAGGAACCAUCAUGGAGCUGCAUGAUGUCUGCAACCCAGAAGAACCUGUUUGGAAGUUCGCCGCCCCAGUUUGUCAGAAAUGCUCUUCAAAGACUGGAAAACACACGGGGAAUCCCUUCUACGUUGUCCUUUGAGCGGGAAUGCCGCAAGGACAUACCCUCCUGGGAUAGGAUGGAGGCAGAAACAGCUCUCUCCUGCGUCUCUCACAGCUGGUGCUUCUUCCUGGUCUAUGCCAACAAAUCGGACGUCUUGGUUUGCCCCGAACGUCUCCUAUCUUACUCCAGCAUGUGCCGUUAGCCCCGAGUAGGCAGGCCGGGCUCGAGUUGACAUCCUUCCCAUCAUCCUCUAGGGGAUGUGUCUUGUUUGCACGCUUGGAAGCUCAGCCUGACCCCCCCAUUCUCACUAAGUCCUCCUGGAGGACAGAGGUGCCCCCUGUGCAAUGGUGCUGACAUGGUUCUAUGUGUGCCCUGACCCCCCCCCCCCCCCCAUGUAGACACACCCGCCGACCGGCCCGUGUGCCUUAGCUGGCCAGAGCGGCUUGCGCUGCGGUGCUGGGUCGGUCCUCACGGGUACUGUAAUGCCUUCAGCACACUUACAAACAAUGGUGCUUGUUUAACACACUGAAACAGCCUUGGCCUUUUUCACCUACUGUGGCGGACGUAGCAUGACGUACGCGUGUUUAGUACUGCGUGUCCCAUGUGGAGGUUUACAUGUACACAGCUCCUCCUGGUAAUGCUGCGCUUCUGGGACCCACCAGCCACCCACAAGACCCUAAAGGUCAUUAUAUUGUUUCUCCUUUUCCCACAAAGCAAGUUCGCAGUCAAGAACAGGCAAUCACAAAGCCAGCUAUCAGCCUUCUCAAGGACCCCAGGAAUGUAAGGAUGCCUUUUCAACUGCAGGCUGGGGCCAUGGAAACGCAGCAUUAUUGGUGGGGAAGAAACUGUAGGGUGAAAAGCAUCCGUAUCUCCAGUGCGUUUGGAAUGUGCGGGUUUCUCUGGCUCUGUGUCGGUGGUGGGCUUCUGCGGGUGCAAGCUCUUGUGAAAGGCGUAUGCCUGCUUCGCAUGUCCGGUCAAGGCGUACUACUACGAUGUCGCCAUCUUUGGAAAGAAGAUCUGAAACGACACAUAGGGGCAUGGGCCAGUGAUGUGCGUUUGGGCGGGGCUACUCUUGAGAUCUCCAUCGGUGCGCCUUCUGCUGGCCCAGCCAAACAAUAUACAGCUUUAGGCUGCUGAAAAAGGGGUGGUUGGUGGGGCCGAGGCUGGAGGGGCCGGGCGGUGCAGACGAGGAGUCGACUUUUCCAUGGUGCGGCCUCGCUGCAGGCCAUGCCUUUCCUAUGGAAGGCCAGAAACUCCUUGGUGCUCAAAGUGAAUGGAUCCUGGUGCUUUUUAAGAGGUCAAUCUCUCUAUACCUCAUGUUGUAAAGACACUGGUCACAGUCACGACAUGCUACCAGCACACGGCUGCCGUGGAGGCCUCCCAAGGCAUCCUUCAUGGCUCUUGUGUGGCUGUUGCCCACACGGUGCGUCACAAUCCACAUCCUCCUUCUUAUUUAUUACAUGCUAAUGAUGCUUAUUAUUAUUGUUAUUGUGAUUGUUGCUCUUUUUCGGUUUUACUGUUUAGUUUUACCUGAUACAAAUUGUAAAUACAGAAGAAGAGAGUUUAUAAAAGCACUUUUAAUCUUGAUUUUAAAGAAAAGCAAAAGAACAGAUUAUUGACAACUUGAAAACUAGUUUUUUGUUUUAAUUGAAUUUUAUGAGGAGAAAUAAGCAAAUGUAAAUACUUAAGUAUAGGUAAGAUUAUUUAACUUUAGAGGGAUAACAACCUAAUCGUGAGUGAACAUGGGGUUCCCCAGUUGUCAGUUUGUUGAGUCCAUAACAGCCGAAGGGAGCAGCUGAUUAGAAUGUGACGUGUCUGUUAUGUGUGGCAGGAACCCUGCUGUACGAAGUACUGUAGUACGUCAGUACCUCUCGAACAGAAAGCAGCCCCCUUCCGGAAGAAAAAAGAUCAUGGGUUGAAGAGUACGCAGAUGCCACAUGGCUAAUGACCACAAUGUCGCAUGAAGGAGAGGAGAGCAGACAGCCUCCUGUCAUUCAAACUGGCGACAGGUUCGGUGGUCACUUUUUACACAUGUGGCUGUUUAUAUUGUCAGCAAUAGAGGAAGAUGUUUCCGUGAUGUGAAAAACGUUACACCCAGUCGUCAGGUCUACUUGCUAACGAUGGUCUCUUGCCGUAACAGAGAGUCCCCGACAGCUAUAGCUUAUGGGAUAGCGACGAGACCACGUACAUUUGUUCCAGCUUGCCUCGGUUUUCCUGUUCAACUCUUCUUUUCUCAAGAGAGAUGUAACUCACGCAAAGUUAAAGGCCAUUUUUUUUCUUACUAAAGGAGCUUCAGAUUUGUCAUUUUUUAUUCCAUCUCGUUCUUGGAAAUAGUAAUAACAGGUGCUGGUUUAUUUAUUGACUUUUUUAAGAUGUAAAUUUGUAUACAGACUUAAUUGUUCGGGAUGGAAAAUCGGCAGUAGUUUGCUCCUAACGGGUGCCCCACCGAUGGGCGGCUGCAGUGAUGCAGUCGCUGAAUUCACUGUGGAAUCGUGGGUAAGGGGUUAGGACAACUACUGGACAGCGUGGGUAUCUGGGCCUUUUGAAGUUGUGACAGGGUGUUUCUUGGAGGAAAGCCACCGUACGGGGAAUGAAAACUUCACAUGGUGCUGAUUAGUAAAACACCUAUUUUUACAUUUUUGUGAAUAAUGUUUGCAACGGAUAACAUGAUUAGAAUCGCUCAGUGAUUUGAUAGCAGUGAGGCAAAAACAUGGAAAAAAAAAAAACAAGAAAAGCACUUGCAGUGUCAUUGUUUAAUCUUCCCUCACCCUCAAAACACAUGAUACAUGGUCAGGGAAUGUGUUGGAAGUACUUUUAUACAGGUAGUUUGACUCAUGAUAUGGAAGUGAAAAGACUGUUAACUUAACUUCCUCUGCACACCACACAUAUCUGGUGCUGAAAGUCCAUCCCCUGUGAGAACAUCUGUUAACGUGUGAGAUGGUCAGAACACUGCAAAGUGCAAUCUUUCAUGCGUUUCUCACUCCCUCCCAUUCCCUUUCUCUCUUUCUCUCUCUCUCUCUCUCUCUCACUCCCUCUCUCUCUCUCUCUCACUCACACACACACACACACAAACACAAAAUGCCCCUCUUCAGCACUGGUCACUGCCUAACCCGAAGCAAUUUGUCUGAUUUGGCCCGUUUUCAAGAGCCUGGGAACAGAGAAACGCUAACUCCGUCUCUAAUAGGCAAAAAUAAACACACGAACACAAGGCAAAAGAAAUACUCAUUUUUAAGAACUGGCAGCUACAUUCCUUUUAUGAGUUUAAGAUUGUCCUCAGUUCUAUUUUUUUUUAUGUCAAGUAUGCAGUAUGUAAAAAAAGUGUUUUUCAGUCUCUUUCUCUGUAGCUGUAUCGUGUAUUAUGUGAAUACAUAGCGUAUGUGGUACAAUCCACAGUACUGUUUUAUGUUCUGAGAUAAUAAAGGAAUAAAAAAAUGAAGAAACAAAAAUAAAGAGUUGUGUAAAAAAUCA